UGCCGAGGAAGAUUUGUUUUCUUCCAGCAUUUGGCGUUUGGGAACGCGAGAAAAAGUGAAGUGCCAGCCCAGAAUGUGUCACCGCAGUAGCCGUCAGGCCAUCAUGGUGCCGUAAUUAAACGUAGGAUAAAGCAAAGAAGACCAUUUCGGGAGUCGGUCUCCCGGAAAGGUUUACUCUUUUUUCGGCGGUGCACAUACGGUCCGCGGUUUAAACGUUUCGUCUUCGGCAAAGGCGUUCAGUUCACAAAGUAGUUGAUUUCGAGUGCAAGUGUUGUUCUCAAGCAGGUUGGCCUGUGUUGUUUUUGUGUGUACGGCUGUGGCAGUAAUCGUGCGGGGAUGUGUUCCUUAAGGUCUGUUUCGUCCGAUAAUUGCUUUAUUCAGGAUUGAAGCAAAAAUGUAUUACUUCCCAGAAGUGCAAUUUAUGCAGCGUGCUUUUUUUGUACUGUAGCAAUUUGAUCGAUAUUGGCUGCAAUACUGAAGCGAAUGGAAAAGGUCUUAGCAGCAGUGUGUGAUUAAGAAUUGAAGUCGACAAAUCGACCCAAACUAAGAGUGAAUGAAAUCUGUGCGUUCGCGAAGUAUGUGAAAUGCAACGGUGCACUCGAUAAGGAAAGGAAGGUGUCAUUUGAAUUCUCGACGGCAAACUUGGUGCGUGUUCCGAACUUUCGGCGAACGCGACUGCAACGAAAACUACAUCCGAUUGUGGCCGUGAAGCGGAAUGUAAAAGGGGCCCAUUUACAAUAGAAGGACGUGCACACGCGCUCAGCAGAAAGUAAAGGAAAACGAAACAAAAAAAUACUUCCAGCUACACUGCAAGGGACAGUGUCCACCCCCCCCUAACCGCCAUUCGAGAUUUGCUUGGGAUCAUCGCGUACGAACGCAUCGCCAAACCGUGUCAUCGUCGUCGUCGCAUCGUGUUCGACGCGUCAAACCGAGGCAAGACCGCAUAGGCAAAAACCAGCCCAAUAAGCGCACGGUUCAUCGUGUCAAACGCGCCAACAUUGCUGCAAUAAUUGGGAUACUAGUACCGUGUUUAUGUAAUACGGUGCGAUCGUAUCGAUCGUGCCCUGUGACACGCGGAUUAAAACGAAAACCAUCGGUUACAUACAUGUAUAUUUUUAUAUAGUUGACAAGCGAUAAGAUGUAGAAUGCAGCGAGAAGGAGCUCGUAGGUGGAAUUGACUACAAAACGACGAUCGUAGACUUAAUGUUUUUCGACCCCUAAAAUCAUACACACUAUUUUGAAGACUGGUCUCCAAUGCAGGAAUGCUGCAAAAACCAGUGCGCGAAGAGAGAUCAUGUACGACUGCAAGUGGUCUGUCUUGGUAUAGCGUAAGAAGGAUAUAGUGAAAGAAAAAAAACGGGACAGCGAAAGGACUCGUCGCAGCGCGGGGCGGAAAGUGAUCAGAAAAUGAACUCUGAUGAUAUAUACGAAAAUCUACCCUGUCACACGGAUGAAGCAUUGCGGAACGGUAACGGAAUGGCAAGUACCGGAAAUCGUGCCUCAUCUGUGCUAGAGGGAGGAGAAGAAGGUCGUAAUAUUGCCGAGUGCGGUGAAGGCAAAUUGCAGAAUAAUCUUGCCCUUAACAGCAAGGACAUGUUGUAUGCGACACCGUUGAAGAAAUCGGAACGCCCAGUAAAGGUGCUCAACAGUAGCGCGCCCGCGAUGCAGAACGGAAAUGGAGGACCGGGAACGCGGACGCAAUCCAACUCUGGCGUCUUCAGUGGUGAAGCUGAACGUGAUACGAAGAUCAUAAAUGCCGAAUUGGAAGAUCGGCGAAUACGUGACUUCCUGAAGGAUACGUCGCAAAUGCAUAAGAAAAUCGAGCUUCACAAAACGUACCAAAGUUCGAACUUUUCGUACCUAGCGCGCAAGGAACACUUUGCUGAUUUGGUACAGCGUAAUGUGAACAGCAACGGGGCGUCGGUUGGUGGAGAUGAAACGGAUUCUGCAUCAUUUGCGGUAGGCGGUGGUUACAAAACACAGGCAGGGGAGGAAGAGGACAAAAACUUAGAUCUGGGCAUUAACGAAUCGUUGAACGAGCUGGAGGCACGUUGCAAUGAAAAGCUCGAGAUGCUGGCUAAGCUGAAUCGUGUACGAUCGAGCAAUACGACGGAGCAGCAAUCGCAGGAAGAUAAUGAGCAGGCGGAUCUGCUGGAACCGGCGGCUUUGGAGGCGGAGCGAGAGGCUGAUGUGCUCGUACCGAAACCAUCGGCACCACCACUAUCCGCGCUAAGUACGGCACGAGGAUCAAAAGGUGGUGGAAACAAUUUGGCCAAUCCGAAUAUCGGCAGUAGUGCAGGUGGAAGCGAACCAAUUAUAAAUGCACACCUGAAUCGGGAGUGGGUGUUGAAAAAGAUUGCCAUGUGCUUAGAGCAGCGGGUCUCGAAGAAACCGGUACCACCGGUACCAACAACCGUGACGGGAGUUGGUCAAUCGAAUGACCAAUGUGCCACACCUUCCUCUGCAUCCGUACCGGCUGGUGGUGGAGCUGGUGGAUAUUUCGCACGGGGUGGUCAAUCUGCAGUGAGCAGCGGCAUACCACCACCAGCAGAGGGGGUACACAGGGGGGGCGGCGAAAAUGGAUUACCUUCCCUGGGGUACCUUGUGCUGGGUUCUAAUGGUUCUGGGAAAACGUCAAUCUGUAACGACAUCAUCGAGGGAACGUCCGGUACUAAGGGUAUGCUCAAUCGAAGACUUCUGGCAUGCUAUUUUGUCAACUCCCAGAAUCCGGAAUGCCACAGCUUGAGUAUGUUCAUACGGAGCGUUAUAUUGCAGAUUUUAAGUCACUCGAGCUACGUAAACAGUACUGCUGGAAGUGGUAUUGCAGGUCAAGAGAUUAUAAACCUAUCGGAAACAUCCAUCGAAGCGAACGAACAGCCCGUGAAUACUAGUAACGAUUGUUUGCCGGAGGCAGAUCAGCAACAGUUGAAGGGCGAAUCGGCUAUAAACCAUUCUCCAACUCCCACCGGCCAUGAGCAACCAGUGACGGUUACGGAACGGGCAAAUGAUUCCAACGAAACGGUCGAUAAGGAGUUGGAAGAUGCGAUUCGAACAGAGAUGAAGAUAAACGAACGGGUGGCCGAAUUUUGUUCGAGUCGAAAGAAAGUGUCCCGCCAGCAAUCGGAACCAGUCGAAAGUUUGAGCCGUGAUCGGGAGCAACCUACCUAUCCGUAUAAAACGCAUCCACCACCAAUAACGAAAACAGGGCCAGGUAAUGCGGGUACGACGCUAGAACCGGAUGAAGAUGACAAGCAGGACAAAGCCACGAUGAGUCCGGGCAGGCCGGCGAAAGUUUCCAAGAUCCCGAUCGCCAUCGGCAGUACGAUAAGAAGCCCUAAAAAGCUGUCACCAACGAAGGAAGAUAGUAGCAGCUGCAGUACUGGUAAGCAAGAGCAACAACAAGAAGACGAUUCCGGACCGAAACUGCGGGACGAGGACGUUAUUCUUGAAGGUGGUGGUGAAGCGAUCGCCGAAGGCGAUGUCAGCGAUAUAAAGUUAAUGGAGGAUGAAGAAAUGAACGUAAAAGCCGAUGAGUGCGUAGAGGCUAAGAAUCGGGUAGAGGCAACCAGUGCACAGCAAGUAUCACCGACUGAGGACAAGCCAUAUCCUCAGCUACGAUCGACAAAACCGAUGGAAACGAGCAUUCCACCACCGUUGCCAAAGUCGAAAAAUUGUCGCCAGGUAAUUGCGGACGGGUAUUACGAGAUGCUGCUCAGCAAUCCGGACAUUUUCGAAUCACUGACGGUGGACAGCAUUGAGAAGAAUCCGGACGAUUGCUUUAAGAAGGCGAUACUGUUCCCACUGUUGGAGUUGUGCCCGCCGAAGAAUGCGCUGCUACUGUUGAUCGAUUCGAUCGACGAGAACUACAUCCAGGAUGGUAAUCUCAUCUCGACGCUGAAAGGCAAACAGGUGACGAAGAGUCGCAACAUUGCGGAACUGCUCUCGAACCACAUUCACCUGAUGCCGAAAUGGUUGUUUAUGGUGUGCACGGCCAAGAAGCAGAACAAGAACAUCACCAAACUGUUCACCGGGUUCAAGAAGCUUACGCUGGACGAUCUGCGCAAAUCGCACGUAGUAAAGGACGUGCAGCAGUAUAUCAUCAAUCGGCUUAAUACGGAUUUCCGGGGCAUUAACCUUACCAAAGACAUCAUCGAGAGUCUGAACCAGCUGUACAUCAAAUCGAACGGUUGUUUGCUGUAUCUGUACAAAGUGUUGAACGGGAUAAGGGAGAACUUUUUCACCUUCCGCGAGAUCAAGCUAAUACCGUGCACACUGAACGGUCUGUACCUGUACAUAUGCCAGAAGUCCUUCAACAAGAAGCAAUACAGCAAGAUACGCCCGAUACUGAACGUGCUGCUCGUGUGCAACAGCUACGUGGACAAGUACUUCAUCUACAACUGUCUCCGCACGCACAACUACACGCUCGAGAUGGAGGACUUUGAGCGGCGGCUGGAACUGAUGCGCAAUAUCGUGGAGUACAGCCCGCUGAAUCCGGGUGCCGUGCGUAUCUUUCACAACUCGUUCUGCGACUGGUUGAUCGAUGUGAAGUUUAGCACCAAAAAGUUUCUGUGCGAUCUGAACGAGGGUCACGUAAUGGUUUCCAUGUACUACACGGUUGUGGCCGAUGAGAUCUGCCCGAACAAGCUGCGCCUGUAUCUUUACCAUCUGAUCAAGACCGGCGAAUAUUUGACGAGCAAAAAUGUCGAUCUCGAUCUGCUGUUGAUUUUGCUGGAAACCAAAUCGAACCUAAGCGACUGUUUCUACACGAACCUGCUCAACUGCUGUGCGAUGUGUGAGGAUGAGUGUCGAAAUGAUAUCAAUCUGUCCGCCCGCACAAAGUAUAUGCUGGACCGGUUUCUGAACGGUUUGCUGAACGAUGAUUUUAUGAUCUUUUUGAACGAUUUCUUCAAACCGAACUUACCGACGGAUUGCAAGGUGUUGAAGCUGCUGAUCGAAACGGGCAUUAACAAUGCGGACACGGCAUUGUCCUGUGAGUCGUCCGCCAUUAACUCACCCGUACUGUCAGAUCGGUCGCAAAACAUUGACUCGGAGCUGGCAGAAUUGUUGAUCUCGAGUGAAAAAAGCUGCCAGCAGGAGCUCCAAAAGUCCAUCAAUCUGGAGCUGCUAGAUUGUGGUGGUGGUGGUGCUGCUGCUGGAGGUGUUCUGAUUGAUGGUUCCAUGGCGGCUAGGGACGGUACUAGCGUUGGUCUUUCGUCUGGAAUUGGUCGGCAUCGGUAUAGUGCCGGACCAUCGAUUACCGGUGGCGAUGGUGGUAGCAGUGCGUUGGGUGAUUCAAAAUCGGAUAUACAGAACGAUCGGGUCGGUAGUGGUGUGCAGUGUGACAUGUUUGAGGGUGAGAUGCACAAGGGCAAAGCGCUGAUACACAUUCUGGCCAACGAGGGAAACCAUACGCUGCUGGAACGAGCGUUAAAUGCAUGCAAGGAUCCAAUAGAUCUGGAAAUAGAGGAUCUUAAUGGACAGACGGCACUAAACAUAGCGGCACGAAAUGGCCAUCAGGAGAUAGUAAAGCUGCUGCUUACGUACAAACAACCACUGCGCGAUGGAACAGGCCGGUAUCGAAUGAUCGACGUAAACCAUGCGGAUCGUGACGGUUGGACCCCGUUACGGUCGGCUUCCUGGGGCGGUCAUACUGAGGUGGUGAAGCUGCUGAUCGAAACGGGCGUAUGUGCAAUCGAUCGUGCUGACAAGGAGGGACGAACGGCGCUGCGUGCGGCGGCCUGGAGCGGCAAUGAGGACAUUGUGAAGAUACUGAUCGAAGCGGGAGCAAACGUGAACUCGAUCGAUAAGCAAGGACGCACCUCGCUGAUUGCCGCAUCGUACAUGGGCCAUUACGAUAUCGUCGAAAUACUGCUGGAGAACGGUGCGGACGUUAAUCAUACGGAUCUGGAUGGAAGGAAUGCACUGUGUGUAGCGGCCCUGUGCGGAAGCUCCGGAUAUAGUCGGGUAAUUUCCACGCUGCUCGAGUACGGUGCCAAUACGGAUCAGACUGAUAAUGAAGGAAUGUCCCCGCUGUUGGUGAGUUCGUUCGAAGGCAAUGCGGAGAUCUGUGAGCUGCUGUUGGAAAAUGGUGCGGAUCCGGAUAUGGCGGACAACAUGGGCAGGACACCGCUGUGGGCGGCUUGCACAUCCGGCCAUGCAAAUGUUGUGAAGCUGUUGCUCUUUUGGGGCUGUGGAAUUGAUUGUAUGGAUUCGGAAGGACGCACGGUACUGAGCGUAGCGGCUGCCCAAGGUAAUCUGGAAACCGUGCGACAGCUGCUGGAUCGUGGAUUGGAUGAAACGCAUCGCGACAAUGCGGGCUGGACACCGUUGCACUACGCCGCAUUCGAAGGGUACGCUGAUAUCUGUGUACAGCUGCUCGAAUCGGGCGCCAAAAUCGAUGAGUGCGAUAAUGAGGGCAAGGCAGCACUGCACUUGGCAGCCCAGGAGGGCCAUAAUGCGGUGAUGGAAGCGAUCCUGAACAUACAUCGACCGUGCAUCGAUCAGCGUGCGCACGACGGCAAGACGGCAUUCCGGUUGGCCUGCUUGGAGGAACAUUUCGAGUGCAUUCAAACGCUGCUAAAGUUCGGUUGCGAUAUCAACUCGAAGGAUGCUGAUUCGCGCACGACGCUGUACAUUUUGGCGUUGGAGAAUAAGCUGAAGGCGGUAAAGUUUUUGCUCGAAUUCUCGAACGCUGACGUGAACAUUCCGGAUAGUGAGGGCAGGACGGCGCUUCAUGUGGCCGCCUGGCAGGGACAUGCAGAGAUGGUGAAGCUGUUGAUCACGCUUGGUAACGCGGAUGUCAAUGCGAUGGAUCUGGAAUCAAGAACACCGUUGCAUUCCUGUGCCUGGCAGGGUAAUCACGAGGUGAUGCAGCUUUUGCUGUACUACGGUGCAAUUCCGGAUCAUGCUUGUAAGCAAGGAGCCACCGCUUUGGGGAUUUCCGCACAAGAAGGGCACGAGAAGUGUGUUAGCUAUUUGCUGAAGUACGGUGCCAACCCGUACAAGUCGGAUCACUGCGGACGAACACCGAUCAAGCUUGCUGCCAAAUCGAACCGCAACAAUGUGCUUCGUAUUCUGGAAAGCUUCACUAAAAAUGAUUUGGAUUGUGGUAAGAUGAUGCAUCCUCAUCUGAACUUAAAAUCUCCGGACGAGUUGCCGCCGUGCAGCUCCAUACACAAUCCAUCACCAUCGUCGGGUUAUCCGAACAAUCCGAGUCUGCUAAUGCCAGCCGGUGGUGGUGGUGGCUCGGCAAUGCUGAAUGCAUCAUCAACAAACUCAAACACAACUAGCUCUACAACGCAAAAUAACAAUUUUUACGAAAACACGAUGCACUCCGACACGAGCAGCCUGCAGAAGCGUAAAAGUGUCAUCUCUAGUCAAUCAACCGGUAGCAGUAAUGAGCAAGCACCGAUGUCAUUUACGCAGCAACUUCAAAAACAUUCACGCCACCAUAACUCCAAAUCGCAUCACAUCGUGCAGCAGCAGCAUCAGCCGCAUCAUCAGCAACACCAGCAAACGUCUGCAUCGUCAUCGGUUGCCAAGUUUGGAAACAAAAAACAUUCCCAGGUACUGCCGAAUGUUGAGGAGUACCAAGCAAAUAUAGCAUCCAACAUACGCAUCAACCCAAACGAUGCUGAUCUGUUCGAUCUGGGCUGUAUGUCGCCACUGUACGCUACGCCACCACAUUCGCCGAGCAGUGAAAUAAGCUCACCGGGACAGAAUCAACCACCGUCCUCGUUGGCCCUGCUUGGCAAACAGUUCGAGGAGAUGAACAUUAGCCUUUCGAACAACAGUACGAUUAUGAAUCCGCACGAUAAUCAUUUUGCCCGGGAUACGCAUAUGCGCAUCAUUCUCGGUAACAAUCAAAAGGAAGGCGGUGGACAACUACAGGGAGCCAGUAGUGGUGCCGGUGCCGGAGGUAAAUCAUCGAAACGCAGCGGUAUUGCAACGAAUCCAGCGAUGCGUUUGAUACGCAACCGUAUCGAUUCUGCGGCACAGCUUAUCCGACGUACGAACAACAUACUUUCCAGCGGUGGUAAUAACCAGGGUUCGUCUAGCAUUGGUGUAAAAUCGGGCACCUUCCAAUGGCGCAAGGAAAGCCAGAUGUAAUUACCUGCUCAUCAUUUGAUGUACUUGCACACACACACACGAUUGAUUGGGACAUUAAAACAGGGAAUUGUGUCUGUGUGUGUGUGUAUACAUUUUCUCAGUCAACAAACGCGUGUGGCAAGGAAAGCAUGCAUGCCACACCGGUAUGUGGUAAUGUGAAUUAAAACAAAGCAAUGUGUUAAUAUGGGAUAGAAUAAUGAAAUGGAAUGCGAGAUCGGUAGUGUACGGAGGUUUGUGUGUGCGUGUGUGGUGUUGGAAAGUUUAUACAUAUUACUCUUUCCCUUUUGGCACGUAGUAGCAUAUUUAAGCGUGCACCCAUUUUUUCAGUAAAAAUUUUGAAAAAAAACACAACAAACUUUAAGCGCGGUACAUGAACCGUUACGAUCAUGAUACUCUGGCAGAUCAUGACAUAAGAAUAGAACCGUAUCCAAUGAAUGUUCAAUAGAGUGGUGCAAGACGUGUUGGAUCAGUAUGUGAUGAUAGUGUGGCAUUUAUUAUUCUACAAAGCGUGUGAACCGUGCACACCACACCACAGUAGUAGUAGCCUGGCGAACAGUCCUUUUUAAAUAUAAGAGUUUAUCACCGGUUGUAGUGUUGAAACAGGGAAACAGACCGACACAGUGUAAUAGGAACACAGAGCGAUUCGAACACAUGUAUGGACGAAUUUUGUAACUAAUCGGUUUUAUUUAACCGUAAUAACCCAGAUGUGUGUGAACUCUCCUGCUCGACUAGUGAAGCAUAUUGUCGACGUACUAUUAUGACGCGGCUGAACACAUUUUACAUCCGUUAAACAUGUUUAAUGGGGUGCUGUUUUCACAUGAGCGUUUUAUCUCUAUUUUGCUACCCAACUUUUGUACUUUUCUUAAGAUGGUACCUAUUUUCGUAGUGGUUUAGUUAAGCAAAUUAUCGUUUGAUAUUUGUAUUUGAAACAACACGAUCAAACAACUUAUUUUCUCCAAAUCGCAACCAUAGUACAGGCGGCUUAUUGUGACUGAUCAUAUUUAUGUAGCGACAAAUGUGUAAACGCGGUAGUAUUUUGUUUGUUUGUCGUAAAUAUUUUAUGUCGCGCUUGUACGUCAGCUUUAGCUUAGCCUAUACAAUUAGACAUUAUUUUGAUGCCAUGACAAUCUAUGUUUGUACCUUAAAAUGUUCACAAUCUAAUGUAGGGGGUUGUGUUUAGCUAUUUGAACUUUUUUUUUCUAUCAAACUUUCAUUCUCAUUUCAUAUUGCUACACGUGCAGGGAGAUCACAUGAAUGGCCUUUUUAACACAGUCCGAUAGGGUGGAAUUAUUUUUGAAGCUUUUCCUAGCGACCUUGCUCACCUUAAUUUGGUUUUAUUUGCAUAACAGGAAUUUAUUUACUUUUCACAAUGAAUGAAGAAAUAUGUCACAAAAGAGCAGCACACUUGUUAAGCAAACGUACGAUGAAUUAUAAUGGAAAAAGGAGCAGAAUUGAUGGGAAUAGAAAAAAACAAAAAAGAGAUAUAAAUCAAGCAAAUAACUAAAGUUACAGCAUUGUGGUAAGAUUAUAUCGUCAAGUAUUGAUCUUUACAUUCGUGAAGAAGUAGGAAUUUGUCCUCAAGGGGAUAGAUAGAGUGUGUUAAGGACGGAUUAAUAGGGUCACACGAAUCAAACACAUAACCUGAACCACUCAAACCAGUUGAUAAAAACAGCACUCACCUCUAACUUAGACUGUAAGAUGAUGAAACACAAAAGAAAACAAUGGAAUGUGGUUAUUUUCAAGACGUAAGAUUACAAUGCGUAUAUUCCACAAAACAGCCAAUAUUGUCAGCGAAAUAUUUAAAGACACACUCCAGCCGGUUUGAGUUCCGUUUGUUUUAAAUGAUCUUUUAUAAUCUAUCUCUCUCUCCCCCCUCUCUACGGUUUGUGCUGCGCACACAGGAAGAAAGGGCCAUUAUAAUAGAUAGAAGAAAGGCAGGGAUAAACUAGGCAUGAUCGAUUUGCGUGUGAUUUGUGGUAAAUCCUUGAAAUAGAUGAAUAGAUGAUCGCGGACGUUGCGAUGGAUUGUAAUACCUCACCACUAUAAGAGCUCAAACAAAGCGGUGAGGAAAAUGGUGGAAAACUGGUGGCCCGUUUAUUCUGCGCAUAACGGCGCGCUCAUAACACUUACUGAUUCUAGUCGAUUUUUAGUUUUACGCGGCCGGCUGCCAAUGGCAAAAUGAUUUGUAUCGGAUGCCAUAUGUAACGCUUGUUUCACUGCCGUUUUGGUAAUUUCGAACACUCACGAAGCGAAGAGACAAACGGAUUGGAAUGAGUUCAGAUAUAAAGUAUAAAGUGAUGAAGCCCCUUCCUUUUCCCUCUCUUUGUACCAUUGUAGAUGUGAUCGAACGGAUCCCAUUUAACAAUGAUGAAUGAAAUGUGUGAUUUUGUAUUGAUUUUUUUUUUAUAUACAUAACGAGUAAGCUAAUUUCCACCUCAUAUACAUAUUGAUUGAUAGUGUUUUCCAUGUUCGCCCGUAACUAGCAUGUAUUAUUUAUUAGUUUCUUAUGUAUUUUUCUGUGGGUGAAUUCGGUUAAAUUAGCUAUCGAAAACAGACACAAUACAUGAAGAGGCAAGACCGGUGUGCGGUUAGAAAAACUGCGAAUAUUUCCUUCUUAAUUUCAAUAUAAUUGACAGUGACCCUCGAAAACAAAAAAGAGAGAACGCGUAGUGCAAAAGAAAUAAAACAAAAUUAAAGUAGAAAUUGCUUAAGGCAUGUCAAAACUGAAA